ACGGGAGACGGGGCUGGCGGUCCGGGAGCUCGGUGCACGCUCCGCCGGGUGCUGUCGCGGAGCCUGGGGAUGUGAGGAGGAAGACAGAGGUGGUGGCCAAGGCAGAAGAUGGCCAAGGAAAGGAACCUCAAAAAGUCCUUUCAAGAAAGUCUUGAAGAAAUAAAGAAACGAAUGAAAGAGAAAAGGAAUAAAAACUUGGCAGAGAUUGGCAAACGAAAGUCUUUUGUAGUUGCACCAUGCCAAAUAAUCACCAACACUUCUACACUGCUAAAAAACUACCAAGACAACAACAAAAUGUUAGUUUUAGCUUUGGAAAAUGAAAAAUCCAAAGUGAGAGAAGCCCAAGACAUCAUCCUACAGCUGAGAAAAGAAUGUUACUUCCUCACAUACCAGUUAUAUGCAUUGAAAGAAAAACUUACUUCACAACAAACAGAAGAACCUGCUCAGAACCAUGAAGUAAGUUCUUCUGGAAUGAACUCCAGUGAUGACAACAACUCUGGGGAUUUAUUUGUGAAGGAUUUACCGCAAGCUCCUCUUCAGGAAGAUCACCUUCCAGAACAAGGGGAAUCAUUCCAAAUAGAAGAGCAAAUGCCUACUAUUCCUCAAGACAGGCUGGGAUUUGAUUUGGAUUCAGGUGAAGGUACAUCUACUGAUAAUAUCUUACCUAGAACUGUAUCUCUCCGUCGCAACUUAAAGAAACAUUUUAACAAUUUAGGCCAAUUCAACACCUUGGAUAAUUUUGAAAUCAGUCAUAUGUCAGAGCAGUCUUCUGGGUUAGAAACAAUUAGAUUUGUAGACCCAUUAGUAAACAUGCACAUAUCUGAAAAUGUAGAACAAAAUAUUUGUCAGUGGAACAAGGAUCAAAUUAACUUAUCACCAAAGCUGACUCACCCUGGAGGAUCUGCUAAAAGAAAAGAAAAUAUUUUAGAGUAUAAAUCUGAGCAAACUAAAAAUAAGCAUGGAGAUGCACAAAGAAGAAGAAGAGGAGAGAAAAGAAAAGCUAACAGAAGGAGAAAAUCAAAAUAUGUAUGUAAGUAUAAAGGAAUCACAAGUAAAAAUAGAAAACCUGUUUGCAAAAAAAAGGUGGAUGAUUUUAUCACUUCCAAUGAUGCUUACAACUUUAAUUUGGAAGAAGGUGUUCAUCCUUCUCCUUUCCGACAAAAAAUGAGCAAUGAUUCUAAAAGAGAAGAAGAUACCAAUGUAUCCGAAGUGAGCAGCUAUGAAUCAAGUAGUUCAGAAGAGGAUUCUGAUGACCUCUAUUUGCCCACUUGCAAGGACAGUCCAAGUCUCACCAGCCAAUCAGAUAGGAGCCCAACCACCAGGCCUCGAUCUACAAGAGCACUACGAUGUAGGGAUGAAAAAGAGAUGGAGAGUUCUCAGCCAACAAAAACUCCUACCAGUGCAGUACCUGAAACUCACCAGUCACCUCGUUUUAGCCUGAAGGAUAUCACCAAUGUCCCCUUGUAUGCUGAAGUGAAAAUUAGAAAACUUUCUCUUUCUCCACAACAGAAGAAAGAAAGCCCAGGAGGGUCUCUGCCUAAGCGUAGGUGCACAGUCAGUGUGAACUAUAAGGAACCCACACUCGCUUCGAAACUAAGAAGAGGAGACCCUUUUACAGAUUUGUGUUUCUUGAAUUCACCUGUUUUUAAGCAAAAAAAGGAUUCCAGACGCAGUUCUAAAAAGAAAAAAAAAGUAUGAAGCAAAUACAGUAAAGCAUUUGUUGGACAUGGUUUAAAUACAUCCCAAAGAGAAUAGAAAAAAUAAAUAACUAAAUUCAUCCCGCAGCCCUUUCUAUUGCUCCAAGAGAGAAUCUAUAAGAUAGCACACAAGUGGGGUGGACUGUGCCAUAGAAUAUUCUCUUAAUGGGACUUUAGGUCACAAAUGUUUUUUAAAAACUAUACUUCAAAUGUGAUCUUUUUGCUUAAGCCUUUAAUAGAUUUGGUUUAUUUUUUAUUGUAAAUAUAAACAACUGGACUGAAGCACUGUUAUAGUUAGAUUUCUUAUACUGCCUAACACCCAUAAUUUUAGUCAAAAUGUACCUUAUGCCAACAUUUUGGGAAUUAAUGAUUAUUCAAAUAACAUAUUGUAAUUAGAAGCUUCUGGCCCUUUUACUUUUCCCUUUAGUGGGGAUUAUGAGAAUGACUUUUGAAAACAGGCUGAGGAUCUUUUGAAACUCCUUAUAUAAUAUUUGAAUAAAGUAAAUUCUUGGUAUUCACAGUAGGGUAUACUCUAUUGUUUGUGUCUCCUUUAUACCAUUGUUGUAUUUAAUUUUUCAGAUAAAAUGUGCAUGAGUUCAUGACAUUAAUUUAAAGUAGAAAGAAGUGCAUGCCUUUGGAGAAAAUUGGUAUUAGAGUGAGGGACUAGUUAAGUAAUUAAUUGAACCCCAAGCUAAGCUCUGUAUAUAUAUUGUUCUAAGUGAUACCUCAACAGAAUCACAAAUUAUUAUGUCAUGGACUUUCAGGAUAGUUACUUAUUUAGUCAUCUCAAAUGUUAAAUGACUGAAUGCCAAGGAUUUGUUUAUAUUUUUGAUUAACCAAUGAGAGGGAAUUAGUUCAGUUCUGAAAGUUUGAAGCCACUGCUUGUAUAUACCUCUUUAAACUUUAAAGUACUGUAGAUUAUCGAUUUUUAAAGAGC